AUGUUAACUGCAAGAGAUGAGUAUGGUCUCAGAGAUGAGGCGGUAGGCGAGGUAAUACAUGAGAAUAUGGCUGAUGAUUACAACAACUAUGGCGAUGUUAAGCAACUGGGAAUGUCUUACGAGAAGGUAGAUCAUAGUGGAAGGCUUCAGGGUCAUAAUUACAGAGACAAGCUAAGGUAUUAUGAAGUGGAAGGAAGAACAAGCAUUAAACAGUUCCGAAACUUGGUUGAUGAAAGGAGUUUUGCUAAUGAUGGUCAUCGUGUAUCAACUCUGCGCCCUCGUGUUUCUGCUAAAGAUCGGUUAGGUGGGCGUGUCGGAGAUUCAGGUGUUCUUGUUAGGAAUCAAGAGCUGCAUCGGGUUAGAAACUCAAAUCUCAAAGGUAAGUCAAGUAACAGGAGGUUCCAGAAGAAUGUUUGGUGA